AUGGGCGGCCGGGGCGGUUAUGACACGUCCCUCUACGACGACCGCGCCUACGACGAGAAGAUGUCGAAAUUCCUGGAGGGCAACGAGAACGAGUUUUACACCGAGUGGGAGGAGUCCUUCCAGUCCUUUGACCAGAUGAACCUCGUCGAGGGGCUGCUGCGCGGGAUUUACGCCUACGGUUUUGAGAAGCCGUCGGCGAUUCAGCAGAAGGGCAUCGUGCCCUUCACCAAGGGCCUGGACGUCAUCCAGCAGGCCCAGUCCGGCACGGGCAAGACCGCCACCUUCUGCGCGGGCAUCCUCAACAACUUGGACUACCAGUUGGGCGACUGCCAGGCGCUAGUGCUAGCGCCCACCCGGGAGCUGGCCCAGCAGAUCGAGAAGGUGAUGCGGGCGCUGGGGGACUACCUGCAGGUCAGGUGCCAUGCGUGCGUGGGCGGCACCAGCGUGCAGGAGGACAUGAGGAUACUGCAGGCGGGCGUGCACGUGGUGGUGGGCACCCCGGGCCGGGUGUUCGACAUGCUGCGCAGGAGGGCCCUGCGGGCGGACUACAUCAAGAUCUUCGUCUUGGACGAGGCGGACGAGAUGCUCUCCCGCGGUUUCAAGGACCAGAUCUAUGACAUCUUCCAGCUGCUGCCGCCAAAGCUGCAGGUUGGAGUGUUCUCAGCCACUCUGCCACCAGAAGCACUGGAAAUUACAAGGAAGUUCAUGAACAAGCCAGUCCGUAUUCUGGUGAAGCGCGAUGAGCUCACCCUUGAGGGUAUCAAGCAGUUCUAUGUGAAUGUGGAGAGGGAGGACUGGAAGCUGGAGACUCUGUGCGACUUGUACGAGACUCUGGCCAUCACUCAGAGUGUGAUCUUUGCUAAUACUCGACGAAAGGUCGACUGGCUGACAGAUCAGAUGCGUGGUCGCGACCACACUGUGUCAGCCACCCACGGGGACAUGGACCAGAACACACGUGACGUGAUCAUGCGAGAGUUCCGCUCCGGCUCGUCUCGUGUGCUCAUCACCACUGACCUGCUGGCCCGUGGGAUCGACGUCCAGCAGGUGUCGUUGGUCAUCAACUAUGACCUCCCAACGCAGCCCGAGAACUACCUGCACAGAAUUGGACGAAGUGGGCGUUUUGGAAGGAAGGGUGUGGCCAUCAACUUCGUCACCAGGGAUGAUGAGGGCAUGUUGAAGGACAUUCAGAGGUUCUACAACACAGUGGUCGAGGAGCUCCCGAGGGACGUCGCAGAUUUGAUUUAG